UAGAUCCAGCUGGGUUUGGUCUGACCAUCAUCAUCCUCGCUGGCUCCUGUUUCCUCAGUUUCCUCGGGAAAAUCGGACCGGAUCCGCCGCUACCUGAAGGAUUUACCGACACUUUCUCCUCUUAGCGCGAGUUAAAGCCUCCAGUCCGCCGGAAGUCGCCUGAAAUCUCCAUUUCCGCUGUUUCUUUCUGCCUGUGAAGCCGAAGAGAGGAUGUCUGUCGCGGGGUUGAAAAAGCAGUUCCAUAAAGCCACCCAGAAAGUCAGCGAGAAAGUCGGAGGAGCAGAAGGAACCAAGCUGGACGAUGACUUCAAGGAAAUGGAAAAGAAGGUGGACAUCACCAGCAGAGCGGUGCUGGACAUCAUGACCAAAACCACAGAGUACCUGCAGCCCAAUCCAGCAUCCAGAGCCAAGCUGAGUAUGAUCAACACCAUGUCAAAGAUCCGCGGCCAGGAGAAGGGGCCCGGCUACCCGCAGGCCGAGUCCAUCCUGGGAGACGCCAUGCUGAAGUUUGGCCGGGAUCUGGGAGAAGAGUCCUCGGUAAGCCUGGCGCUGAUCGACGCCGGCGAGGCCAUGAAGGAGCUCGGCGAGGUGAAGGACGCUCUGGACAUGGAGGUCAAGCAGAACUUCAUCGACCCGCUGCAGAACCUCCACGACAAAGACCUGAAGGAGAUCCAGCACCAUCUGAAGAAAAUGGAGGGCCGGCGUCUGGACUUCGACUACAAGAAGAAACGUCAGGGAAAAGUCCAGGACGACGAGAUCAAGCAGGCGCUGGAGAAGUUCGACGAGAGCAAAGAGAUCGCCGCAGAGAUGUUCAACCUGCUGGAGAGCGACAUAGAGCAGGUGAGCCAGCUGGCAGCGCUGGUCCAGGCCCAGUUGGAGUACCACACCCGCUCCUCAGAAAUCCUCCAGCAGCUCUCCAGCAAGAUGGAGGACAGGAUAAAAGAAGUGUCCAGUAAACCCAGGAAGGAGUACACUCCCAAGCCCAAGAUGACUCUGGAGCUCCUGCCCCCCAGCGAGAGCCACAACGGGGGGAUCCACUCGGCCAAAUCCCCCGGGAAAUCACCAGCGCCGAUGGACCAGCCCUGCUGUCGAGCGCUCUACGACUUCGAGCCGGAGAACGAGGGCGAGUUGGGCUUCAAGGAGGGCGACAUCAUCACUCUGACCAAUCAGAUCGACGAGAACUGGUACGAGGGCAUGAUCAACGGCCAGUCGGGCUUCUUCCCCAUCAACUACGUGGAUAUCCUGGUGCCGCUGCCCCACUAGUGUCCGGCCGGCCGCCCGGUCCUUCCCUCUUGACCGAUCCGGACACCCGUGAAACAGCCUGUAUUUGCAGAAACGACAAACCACGCCCUCGUUCUUCUUCUUCUUCUUCUUCUGUGCUUCUGUGCAAUUCUGCUUUCACUACAACGGACCGAACUGAGAGAGGCGCUGGACAACACAGGACUUUCAAAAAGAGGCGAUGAGGAGAAUAUAGAGUAAGCGGCGCGGCGACGGAGGACUGAAAGAGACGAGAAGAUGAAGAGAUGUUGGUCUGUUAAAGCAUGGUGCUUCGCCUGGCAGCAAUGGACACCAGCAAGGCUUUGGAGACUUGCAAAACAAGGCACAGUGUAUUAUGUACGUGCAUGUCUGAAUGUGUGUUUCAACCUGUCCGUACUCCGUUCUGACGAAGCCAGCACAAAUUCCUGCUCAUCGGUUUCCAACCUGACAGCUUUUCUUCAUCCCUUUGCUUUGACUUCUUCUGCUUUUCUGGAAGUUUUCAUUUUUGUUCUCUCCAUCUUACUAGCACUGCCUUUUAGCAUGGCUCCGUAACCUAUAGAGCUACAGCUGUUGUCAUUUAACUAACUCUGCCUUUCUCGGAGUCGGCGUAGAUUUUCAGUUCAGUGGUUGAAUGCAUGGACCAGCCACAUUGGAUCCAGUUCCAGGGUGAAUACGAGGUUUAAUCCCUUGUUUUGAGUUUUUCUGUCUUGCAUGGAAACUUUAGCUGAGUUUUCCAUGUCGGAUCGGUGAAAGAGAGGAAAACUUGUCGUGAUCUACAGUGGCUAAAAUAAACUGGUAACCAUUUGUAGAAAAAGUUGCACUGAGCUGAAGAGAGGUUUUGUUUUUCUGUCCUUUUAGAAUCACAUUUGUUGGUUUUAAAGUGUGGAGCUGCUUGCAGAUUUGUCCAGUUCCCUGCCUUUGCAUGUGAGACUGACUCACUGAAAUGUUAACGUUUAAUGUUCAGGUCUUUGUUCCAACAUGCAUUCAGUUCGGAUAUUGAUCACUGCCUCCCCAAAACGACACAUAACUGUUGAAGUAGGAAACAAAAUAGUUUACAGGAAGCUCUUCGCCUGCAGCAAUUACAAUUUUCAGCAAUUUCACCAACAACCAUUUUGCCAUCAGUCAGAUUUUAACGUAAAAUUUUAAAUAUUAAUGU